AUGGCAGGAAUGCUUCCCGGAGUUGAAUCUGCUAGAAGAAGACGUGUCCAUAAGGCUGGAGGUUUUUCCGAUUCACCAUCUUUAGCUUCUAAUAACAGACGCUCUUCUUUCUGUUUGUAUUCAACUAACUCUGAAUCUCGUCUUUCUUCGUCUUCUUCAAUGCAAAGGAACAUGUUAUACCAGACACAGCAAGAUGAGGAUAUGGUAGGAGCAGCAAGAGAAGCUAAACAAAGAUUGGAUGAUAAAUUCAGAUCACAAAGGGUAUCUGAAAACACAAGGAAAAAGAACAUGAAGUGUGUGGAGGGUAGAAAAGAAAGCAUAGAGGAGUUACAAAUUGAGGUGUAUGGUUCAAAGAAAAGUGGUCCAAGGAAGUUUAGCUGGAGCAAAUUGAGCUGGGAAGCAUCAGAACAAGAGGAUUGUGCUGUGUGUUUGGAAUCAUUUAAGAUUGGAGAGAAAUUGAUUCCUCUACCUUGUGCACACAAGUUUCAUUCUACAUGCUUGAAACCUUGGUUGGAAAAUAAUACACACUGUCCAUGCUGUAGAACUACCAUUCUUUCCUUCUAG